UCACAAAGAAGACCCAUUUCAAUUUUUUUCUCCUCCUUCACACUCUCUCUCACUCACACAAAAACACACACCAUGGCCAUUAUGGCCAAAACACAGAUCUUGGCCUCUUCCAUGGUAUUUGCUUUCCUUGUGGUGAGUGUUGUUGAUGGUGUUAUGAAUGAAGAGGAAGCUCAUGACCAUAUAAAUGCACUUCCUGGUCAGCCUAAGGUCUCCUUCCAACAAUUCUCUGGCUAUGUUACUGUUAACAAAGUUGCUGGUAGAGCUCUCUUUUACUGGCUCACUGAGGCACCCCAAGAACCUUUGUCAAAGCCUUUGGUUGUCUGGCUCAAUGGAGGCCCAGGUUGUUCUUCUGUGGCAUAUGGAGCAUCUGAAGAAAUAGGCCCAUUUAGAAUAAACAAGACUUCCUCAGGCUUAUACCUUAACAAGUUUCCAUGGAACACUGUGGCCAACCUCCUUUUCCUGGAGACUCCGGCUGGCGUUGGCUUCUCUUACAGUAACCGGUCAUCGGAUUUGCUUGACACCGGUGAUCGCCGGACUGCUGAAGACUCAUUGGAAUUCCUGGUUCAAUGGAUGGGUCGAUUUCCGCGCUAUAAGCACCGCGAAGUUUACCUGACCGGAGAGAGCUAUGCAGGGCACUAUGUUCCUCAACUUGCUAGAGAGAUAAUGAAGCACAACAGGAUCUCCAAGCACCCCAUAAAUCUCAAAGGAAUUAUGGUAGGCAAUGCAGUGACAGACAACUACUAUGACAACCUUGGAACAGUCACAUACUGGUGGAGUCAUGCCAUGAUCUCGGAUAGAACGUAUCGGCACCUCAUGAACACCUGCGAUUUCCGAAGACAGAAGAACUCAGAUGAGUGUGAGUCAAUGUAUUCUUAUGCCAUGGACAAAGAAUUUGGAAACAUUGAUCAGUACAACAUUUAUGCACCUCCCUGCAACAACUCUGAUGGAAGCACCGCUUCUAGUAGGACUCGCCACGCUAUGCGAUUGCCUCACAGACCCCAUACAAUGUUCCGGCAGAUGUAUGGAUAUGAUCCUUGUACAGAGAAAUAUGCAGAGGUGUAUUACAAUAGACUAGAUGUACAGAAAGCACUUCAUGCCAACACUACCAGAAUUCCUUAUAAAUGGACUGCCUGCAAUGAGGUCUUGAAUCGAAAUUGGAAUGACACAGAGUUUUCGAUUCUUCCUAUUUAUAGAGAAAUGAUUGCUGGUGGAUUGAGAGUUUGGGUUUUCAGUGGUGAUGUUGAUUCAGUGGUGCCAGUUACAGCCACUAGAUAUUCUCUUGCAGAACUCAAAUUGGCUACCAAAGUUCCAUGGUAUCCAUGGUAUGUCAAGAAGCAGGUGGGAGGGUGGACAGAGGUGUAUGAAGGGCUAACAUUUGCAACAGUGAGAGGGGCAGGUCAUGAAGUGCCAUUGUUCAAGCCCAGAGCAGCAUUUCAGCUAUUCAAAUCAUUUCUAAAAGGAGAGCCUCUUCCCAAGUCAUAAAAAAAAAAAAACCAAAAAAGAAACUUUAGAUUUCUCUUCAAAUUAAUGACCUGUUUUUACUUUUUUAUUUAUUUAUUAAUUGCAUUGAUCACCAUUGUUGAAGAGGAAAACCUCAAAUCAUUUGAAAAGUAGUAGAGACAGAAUGAGGAAAGAAUUAAAAGUCUUGAAAAUGUCUAUUGGAUACAGAAGCAAGUGAAAUGAAGAUGGUCUCUGAUUGUAUAUGUAUAUGUUUCUUUGAAUCCCAUCUCUGUUGGGAGACUAAUUGAAAAGUCAUGUGUUGGGCU